UUCUACCGGCAUAAGCGGAGGCUGGCCCAAGCGCCGUGUAUAACUCGCCGCUGGCAGGCAGGAAAAGAUGACGCACCUCCCCGCUUCCACCGUCAGAGAUGGACGUGCCCGAGGAAGACACUAAUAGUCCGGGCUGGGUCUUUAAAUCUGAAGGGGGGAGUUGUGUGCGGCCGUGGCGAGCGUUGUGUAGGACGGCGAGGGGCAGCGCAGUAGACACGCCGUGAAUUGCUCACACUCCGCAAGCAAUUUGCAAGACUUGGGGCCACUGCACUGCAAACAACAUUAAUCAAAUCUUUUGAUGGACCACAUCCUGCAACGUUAAUAUUUUGGAGGUCUUGUUUACUGUGUAAACAAGGUAAAGGGAUUCAGAAUGCCUCUCAGUGAUGACCAGAACAGUGACUCAGAUUCUUCACGGCUCUCAGAAAGCACAGUUUCUUCCAGUGACACAGAAUAUUCCAGGCAGAGCUUUAACAGUGAUUCUUCAAGCAAGCCCAGCUCCCCAGCGUCAGCUAGCCCUCCCAAGGUUAUCACAUUUGAUGGACUGAUGGCAGCUACAAGAAAUCUGUCAAACUGGACUCUAGCUCAUGAAAUUGCUGUAAAUGCAAAUUUUUGCAUAAAACAGGAAGACUACCCACAAAACAGCUUUGCAGGCACAGUGAAACAAAUUGUACACAAGGCAUUUUGGGAUCAUUUGGAAUCGGAACUGAAUGAAGAUCCUCCAGAAUACAAACAUGCUAUCAAGCUCUUUGAGGAAAUUAAGGAGAUUCUUCUUUCUUUCCUGACUCCUGGAGCAAACAGGAUUCACAAUCAAAUUUGUGAAGUUCUUGACACGGAUCUUAUAAGACAGCAGGCAGAACACAAUGCUGUUGAUAUUCCUGGGCUAGCUAACUAUGUCAUCAACACUAUGGGAAAGUUAUGUGCUCCAAUAAGAGACAAUGACAUAAAACAGUUAAAAGCAACUGACAAUAUCGUAGAGUUACUGAGACAAAUAUUCCAUGUUUUGGAUCUGAUGAAGAUGGAUAUGGCAAAUUACACAAUUAAAAGCCUUAGACCAUACCUCUGGCAUAACUUGGUGGACUACGAAAGAACAAAAUUCCAGGAAAUUCUUGAGGAAACACCAAGUGCCCUGAAUCUCACAACAGAAUGGAUAAAGGAAUCAAUAGAGGAUGAAUUGUCAUCUAUUUCUGAUGAGUCUUCAUCGUGCCCUGGUGCUGAUAGUAGUUCAAAACCAAUUAUUAGUCCUACACUGGUGCUAAACAAUGGCUACUUGAAACUGUUACAGUGGGAUUAUUGCAAAACAAUUCCAGAGACUCUAAUAACAGAUGAAGUUCGUCUUCAGGAGUUGAGAGAAAAGCUCAAUCAAUUAAAAGUCAUAGCUUGUGUUUCUCUCAUAACAAACAACAUGGUGGGUGCAGCAGUUGUAGAUGUGCCUGAUUUCACUGAUCAUCUGAAAAGGAUCUCCCUUCCUCUUCUUGAAGGCAUGAAUAAGAAAAGUUUUGACUUGAAGGAGGCUCUGAAUGCUAUUGGCAUCCAGAUUUGCAGCAUAGUGAACAAGUCGCUAAGUGAAAGAAGUCUUCCCACUCUUAGUGAAGAAAUGCAGAGUAAUUUAAUGGGUCAAAUCGCUCAUAUUGUUGAGAAGAAUAAUCCUGUCUGUUCCUUGAUUGACAAACGAAUCCAGCUCUUCAUGAGAAGCUUGCUUGCUCUUCCGAGUUUUCAGAAGUGUAUGCCUACUAUGCCAGGAGGCCUUUCUGUGAUUCAGAAAGAGAUAGAGUUUCUGGGAUCUCAGUAUGCAAGCAUUGUAAACUUCAAUAAAAAAGUGUAUGGACCAUUCUAUGCAAACAUACUUAAAAAACUGCUUUUUCCUGAGGCAGCAAUGGAGAAAACAGAAGCAGAAACAUCUAGCAAUUAAAAAAUGUACCCUUGUUUUUAAUCUUCCAAGACAGUGGGGAAGUCACAUCUCUAAAACAGCCUACUCCAGUAACUGUUGAUGGGGAAAGAUCUUGUAAAAUGCAUACAGAUAGUUUCUAAAAUUCACUGUAAAGAAAUGAAUGUCAAGGUCAUAUAUAUAUUUUAAUAGAAAAAUAUUUGUUUAAUGGAUUGUCACUUGUAAUAGCCAGUGAAUUAUUAAUUUCCAUAGUAAGCAUUUAUUAUGACUUGCAGUGGGAAAGAGCUGGCAAUGUACUUACUGUUUUGCCACUAUCAAAACAAUGUUAUUUUUCAACUCAAAUAUAUUUACAUAUAGCAAUGCAUAUUAGGAAAUGAGAAAACAACUGUAGAUAAAAUGUACUAUGCUUAUAUAGUAUUUUUGUAGAGUAACAUCUCAGACAACAGUCAUGUUUCUGAGAAUACUUUGAAGAAGAAAGUAUAGCAUAACUGCUUUAGUAACCAAACCCAGGUUCAUACCAGGCCAAGUUCAGGUACUCCUGCAAUUACUGGACCCAGAACUUUGCCUCUGUUACAUUAAGGAAUGCCAGUGUUACAAGCUGUUUUCAGGAUAGCAGUUACAGAAGCAGCGUUCACAGCUUCAAUUAUGAAUGAUUCAGAACUUCUCAACUCUGAGAUUAACGAUAAACACCUGAGAAACAUGAUGUUGGGGGUGGAGUAAAUUUCUGUAUAUAAAUGUGUUUAUAAGCAUUUUGUUUACUCGGUGGAGGUCAAACAGAACUUUUGAGAUGUGUAUGUAUUGAUCCUUGAUUGUAGUGGAUGGGUAUUAAGUAUUUUUAAGUUAGGUCUUUCUAACCUUUGUUCCCAAAAGCACUUAACCCUGACCUCAGAGUGUACCACAGAAGAACUGUCCCUUUCAUGCCCUUAUCCAACACAAUGUAAAUUUUCACAAGAUAUUCUUAGAUCUGAAAGCAAGAGCCUGAGUAAUUAGUAAUUUUUGAAAAUAUUAUUAUAUUCACUUUUUUACGGAGUGUAUGAGAAAUGCUCCUGUUUUCCUCAAAUUUCUUUGGACUGUGCCCCAAUACUUAGAUUUAAGAAUACUUACAUUUAAGGCAUUGGGAAUCUUGCAUACAGCAAAUGAAUAGGAUUGAAAUAGAGAAAUGUGGAAGUGAACUCCUUUAAGUUUACACAGGCUUUAUCUUGUGUAUUUCAGAUUAGUGGGAUUAGAUAAUGCUGGAAUACAUAUUAUAGACUUGUUCUUGUCUAUGAAAUUGAAUAAUUUACUUGAAAAUGAUAUUUUAAUAUAUUACCAUAUGAUACUCCUUUUAAGAUGUCAUAUAUAGAAAACCUUGGUGUGGUACAAGUUAGAGCUUGUUUUUAAUAUUUUAUAUUACAGUCUAUUUUUUAUGAAGAGACAAAAAUAACCUGUAAAAGCAUAAUGUGUCACACAAAUUGUUUAUGUACAUUACUGUGUCUAUCAUAAAGGUCUAAAAAACCUGGG